GUCGCUUAGAAUAACCGGUGUGGUUAAAGCAGUAGGCCGUGAGCAUCCGUCCGAACGUACGGUUGGUGUUGCCGUGGUGAUAAGCAAACGCUGAUUGCUAGUGAACACGAAUCUACUAACGCGGCACUGAAAAUGGUCUUCCCAACGAGCCUCCAGCAAGCGUCUCCUGAAUGGCGUCGCACAUUCGAAACCAUCAAAGCUGGCCACGACGAAGCGUACCGUACGAUCGAGCGUGCGAUCAAGCUAGAGGAGCACGAACGCCCGGAUCUGGCACUGCAAGCGUACAAGGACGGGAUCCGACAGAUCGAUGAAACGCUGGCCCUUCCGGUGGAGGUUCCGCAGGGCCCGGUGGACACCGGCGACGGUAGCCAGCGACAGCUGGCGAGCGACGAAAGUUGGCAGCAAGCGAUCGCAAUGAUACACAAGCUGAAGCGGACCCGCGGCGAGGUGCUGCAGCGUGUCGGCCAACUCGGAGGAGGUGCUGGUGAUGCUGCGAGCGAGGACGGAGGCACUCUGUCAUCGUCAGCGGGACAACGCCCGUGGACGUACACGGAGCUAGCGAUGGCACUGCGUGAAAUGUCCUCCCGGCCGUCCGAACCACCCGAGAACCGAGAUGGCGAGGAAUCUUCCUCGUCGUCGUCGUCGUCGUCGCGCCUGGAACUGCUUUUCUCGUGUCCCGGCGUCCAGGUGUACUACAUCGAACCGGAUGGCGUAGUGAGCCAUUCGAUGGCCGACUCUACGCUGCGCAUCGUGCGGAUCGAGGCAGACGAACGGCGCAGAUUACAGGAAACCGUUUUCCUGCAGGUCAUCGAAACACGAGCCGCUACACGCAUCGAAAGCGCCGAGGAACCACUUCUGGUCGAAGCUGAGGAUGUGGAGGAAGCCACUGAAGAUGGAGAACCUCCAGUGACCCGUGCCAUGGUCGUUGAAGAAGUGUCCGAGGAGAGAGAAUCUUCGGUUCCAUCGGCGGCUUUUUUCCUGUAUCCCCUCAUUCCAGGCGUUUCGCCCUGUUACCGGACCGAGUACGGUGCGUUUAUACUUCCCGACCUGCAGACCACCGCCGGGGAGGAGCACGCACCGCGGGACGGCCGUGCCAUCGGCUUGGUGGUACCGCCCGGUGCGGAUGAGGUCGUCCUGGAGAUUCUGAUCGCCCUUCUGCACGGUAUCGUCACCCAACCGAGCGAUGCGCGCAUCCGGAAGCGGUCCCUUCGUCUGCCCGAUUCGAACACCGUGUCGGCGGGGAUCAUUCGGGGCGCUUACUACGUGUCGCGUGGAUUGGUCCGGGGUGCGGAACGAACCGGGCAGCUGAUUGCCACCGGUACACCGUACGUUAUAUCGAAGCUGGGCCCGAAAGCCACCGACCAAUCGGCAACGGAAGCAGAGCCCACCGUGCACGUACCACCGACGGUUCGCACCGGCAUUGAGAUGGCCCGCAGUGUCACGGGAACAGCGGCCGGUGUGACGAGUUACGUGGCGGGAAAGGUCGGUUCGGCCACGAUGGCACUGGGGCGCUUUCUGGCACCGCACAUCCAGCGCCAUGGCAGCGCACUGCUGGCGUACGGUACCGGAAUGAGCGAAGCGGCCGCGUCUGAGCGUAUGAACGGGGCGCUUACGAUCUGUGCCGGGGCGGUGGAAGGAUUCGGAACGGUCUACGAGGGCCUCGAACGUUCGGCGGGCAUUCUGGGGAAAAGCUUAAGCUCCAGCACGGUGCAGAUCGUGGAGCACCGGUACGGGACGGAAGCGGGCCAGGUGGUGGGCAGUGGGCUCGAUACGGUCGGCAACGUGAUCAACGUGACGCACAACAUCAACUACAUCACGCCGAAGGGAUUGGCCAAGCGGACGGCCAAGAAUGCAGGGAAAGCGCUCGUCGCCGGCUAUCGGCCACCGGUGCCGGAAGUGGAUGCGCUAAUGAUAGAACCGGGAUCGAGCGGCAAUGCGAUCGCUUCUUCGAGCGCUCCGGCCAUCGUCGGUGCCAGCAGCAGUAGUAGUCAGUCAGUCACCACCGUGCCCGCGGCCAUACUCUAUCCCGAUCUGGACGGGCUAGCGAAGCAGAUGCGGCAGCUGGAUGGCAUGUAGAAAGCGUACCAGGUUGCAAGACAGUGGAAUUUAACUUACCUGACACGAAUCUCCGAACAGAAUCUAAGCGAAUAUACAUUGCUACUGGUGAUUGUUAUCGUUGCGUGUGGUGAUAGUUUUGUGGAAGAAUCGGAACACGGAGAAUCUCAGAAUACUGAAACUCAUGCUUAGCCUUUAAGUGUGUGCGGCCCUUUGGCAAUAGAAGCGGUCGAAACUCAAUACAAUAAAUAGUUAUA